GAAUCGCUCCGUGAGAGCCCGGCGAGGCUGCGCCGCGGCCGCGGGCUCCGGGCACCAUGCAGAAGAGCGUGCGGUACAACGAGGGGCACGCCCUGUACCUGGCGCUGCUGGCCCGCAAGGAGGGCACCAAGCGCGGCUACCUCAGCAAGAAGACGGCGGAGACCAACCGCUGGCACGAGAAGUGGUUCGCCCUCUACCAAAACGUGCUCUUCUACUUCGAGGGCGAGCAGAGCGCCCGGCCCGCCGGCAUGUACAUGCUGGAGGGAUGCAACUGCGAGCGGGUGCCCGCUCCCAAGGGAUGCGCCGCGGGCAGCGCCAAGGAUGCCGCGCUGGACAAGCAGCAUUACUUCACCGUUCUCUUUGGCCAUGAGGGGCAGAAGCCGCUGGAGCUGCGUUGUGAGGAUGAGGUGGAUGGAGAUGAGUGGGUAGAAGCUAUUCACCAAGCGAGCUAUUCAGACAUCCUGAUCGAGCGGGAGGUGCUGAUGCAGAAGUACAUCCACCUCGUGCAGAUCGUGGAGACCGAGAAGGUGGCAGCCAACCAGCUCCGGCACCAGCUGGAGGAUCAGGACACCGAGAUCGAGAGGCUGAAGUCGGAGAUUGUAGCACUGAAUAAAACAAAGGAAAAAAUGCGACCUUAUCAUGGCAACCAGGAAGAUGAAGAUCCAGAUAUUAAAAAAAUUAAGAAGGUUCAGAGCUUCAUGCGGGGUUGGUUAUGCAGAAGAAAAUGGAAAACCAUUGUCCAAGAUUAUAUUUGUUCUCCUCAUGCAGAAAGCAUGAGGAAGAGGAACCAGAUAGUUUUCAACAUGGUGGAGGCUGAGUCUGAGUAUGUGCACCAGCUUUAUGUCCUUGUGAACUGUUUCCUGCGGCCCCUGAGGAUGGCAGCGAGCUCCAAGAAGCCGCCUAUCAGUCACGACGACGUCAGUAGCAUUUUCCUCAACAGUGAAACAAUCAUGUUUCUUCAUGAGAUAUUUCACCAGGGUUUAAAAGCAAGAAUAGCUAACUGGCCUACCUUAAUUCUAGCUGACUUAUUUGACAUUCUGCUGCCAAUGCUGAACAUAUAUCAAGAAUUUGUUCGGAAUCAYCAAUAUAGCCUACAAGUCCUGGCGAACUGUAAGCAAAACAGGGAUUUUGACAAACUCUUGAAGCAAUAUGAAGCCAACCCAGCAUGUGAAGGCCGAAUGUUGGAAACUUUCCUUACCUACCCCAUGUUUCAGAUUCCCAGAUACAUUAUAACACUUCAUGAACUUUUGGCUCACACACCACAUGAACACGUUGAGAGAAAAAGCCUUGAAUUUGCUAAAUCUAAGCUAGAAGAACUUUCAAGAGUGAUGCAUGACGAGGUGAGUGACACGGAAAACAUCCGGAAGAACCUGGCCAUAGAGAGRACCAUAGUGGAGGGCUGUGACAUAUUGCUAGAUACCAGCCAGACCUUUAUUCGCCAAGGUUCCCUUAUCCAAGUCCCCUCAGUUGAGAGGGGAAAGCUUAGYAAAGUUCGCCUGGGCUCGUUGUCUUUGAAGAAAGAAGGAGAAAGACAAUGCUUCUUGUUUACAAAACAUUUUUUAAUUUGUACAAGGAGUUCAGGAGGAAAACUGCACCUUCUCAAGACAGGUGGUGUUCUGUCUCUAAUAGAGUGCACACUGGUCGAGGAGACAGAAGCCAGUGAYGAUGAUUGUAAGUUAAAUUCAGCUGUCAGUACAAAAGGCUCUGGGCAGGUGUUUGGACACCUGGAUUUCAAGCUGAUAGUGGAGCCUUCGGAUGCUCCUCCUUUCACUGUUGUCCUUUUAGCCCCAUCACGGCAGGAGAAAGCAGCGUGGACCAGUGACAUCAGUCAGUGCAUUGAUAAUAUAAGGUGCAAUGGAUUAAUGACAAUAGUGUUUGAAGAAAACUCCAAAGUCACAGUGCCACAUAUGAUCAAAUCCGAUGCCCGCCUCCACAGAGACGACAUUGACAUUUGUUUCAGCAAAACGCUGAAUUCCUGCAAAGUCCCCCAAAUCCGCUACGCGAGCGUCGAGCGCCUCUUGGAGCGGCUCACGGACCUGCGGUUCCUGAGCAUCGACUUCCUGAACACCUUCCUGCACACCUACCGCAUCUUCACCACCGCCGCCGUGGUCCUGGAGAAGCUCUCYGACAUCUACAGGAGACCCUUCACGUCCAUUCCUGUCAGGUCCUUGGAGUUGUUCUUCGCCACCAGUCAGAACAACAGAGGAGAGUACCUGGCUGACGGGAAGUCACCACAUCUCUGCCGCAAAUUUUCUUCUCCUCCUCCCCUGUCACUCUCCAGGACCUCCUCUCCUGCCAGGACCCGAAAACUGUCGCUGACCUCCCCGCUGAACUCCAGGAUCGGCGCCCUGGACCUGUCUGCUUCGUCUGUGGCCAGCAGUCCUACCUCAAACUACAGCCCCGCCACAUCACCCCCACCCACGGGCAGCAAGGCGCCGCUGGACCUGAGCCGGGGGCUGUCAUCCCCYGAGCAGAGCCCGGGCUCAGCCGAGGACAGCCUGGAGAACCCWCGCCUGGACCUGUGCAACAAGCUGAGGAGGAGCAUCCGCAGAGCAGCAGUUCUCGAAUCUGUGUCAGUGGACAGGACUAUUCCUGAAAGCACCUCAGUAGUGGACACCGCAGAGCUGUCCCCGUGCCGGUCCCCUUCGACACCGCGUCACCUCCGCUACCGUCAGCCAGGAGUGCAGACUGCUGACAACAGCCACUGCUCMGUUUCUCCUGCUUCUGCUUUUGCAAUUGCCACAGCUGCAGCUGGGCACGGGAGCCCACCAGGGUUCAACAACUCGGAGCGCACGUGUGACAAGGAGUUCAUCAUCCGCAGGGCCGCCACCAACCGCGUCCUCAACGUCCUGCGGCACUGGGUCUCCAAACACUCACAGGAUUUUGAGCUGAACAACGACUUGAAAAUGAAUGUGUUAAACUUGCUGGAGGAGGUUUUAAGAGACCCUGACCUUCUGCCACAGGAAAGGAAAGCCACUGCAAACAUACUGAGGACUCUUUCUCAGGAUGAUCAAGAUGAUAACCAUUUGAAAAUAGAGGAUAUCAUUCAGAUGCCAGACUGCCCCAAACCCGAGUGCUUCGAGACGCUGUCGGCCAUGGAGCUGGCGGAGCAGAUCACCCUGCUGGACCACGUCGUGUUCCGCAGCAUCCCCUACGAAGAGUUCCUUGGGCAGGGCUGGAUGAAAGUGGAUAAAAAUGAGAGAACGCCCUAUAUUAUGAAAACCAGUCAACAUUUUAAUGAUAUGAGCAACCUGGUGGCCUCGCAGAUCAUGAGCUACGCCGACGUCCCCUCGCGGGCCAGCGCCAUCGAGAAGUGGGUGGCGGUGGCCGACAUCUGCCGCUGCCUGCACAACUACAACGGGGUCCUGGAGAUCACCUCGGCCCUCAACAGGAGUGCCAUCUACAGGCUCAAGAAAACCUGGGGGAAGGUCUCCAAACAGACAAAAGCUCUCAUGGACAAGCUUCAGAAGACUGUGUCAUCUGAAGGAAGAUUUAAGAACCUGAGAGAAAUGCUCAAAAACUGUAACCCACCUGCUGUUCCCUACCUUGGGAUGUACCUGACCGACCUGGCAUUUAUCGAGGAAGGAACACCCAACUUCACUGAGGAAGGCCUUGUCAAUUUUUCCAAAAUGAGAAUGAUCUCGCACAUUAUCAGGGAAAUCCGCCAGUUCCAGCAGAGCUCCUACCGCAUCGAGCACCAGCAGAAGGUCACUCAGUACCUGCUGGACAAGACGCUCAUCAUGGACGAGGACACCCUGUACGAGCUCUCGCUGAAAAUCGAGCCCCGGCUCCCYGCCUGACGCCCCCGAGCCUUCUCACAGCUUCAGCACACUCACCACCAUGCAUGCCAUCUCCUAGGGACUGCAGGGAAAAUCCUGAGAAGAAUGCCAGCUCUCUUUUGGGAUAAGAGAUACAGAGCUUCGCAGCGCUUUCCUCUUGGGCAACGCAAAUGAGUGUUGGGGGUGAAAGACAAACACUUCCUACCUGCAUUCAGUGAUUUCUGCUUUGCUAAGAUCAUGCUUGGCAUUAGGGACUGAUUUAAUGGAAAUCAGGAGACUUUCCUGUGAACAGGCACUCAUUGCAGCCAUCUCACAUGAGAGGUUAAGGGUACGGAUUUAAAUCGUGGUAAAUGUAUUUAGGGGUAUUAGGAGAAAAAAGCAAAGUGAGAUGGCUGGGUUGAUGGCUAACUAUGUGUUCACUGGGGCAGUAAUGGCUGUGGCAUCCUCAUAUUGUGUUAAUUUCAUUGAAAAARCAGGAUUUUAGCAGUCAUCUACUACUUUGGAGUGAUACUAAGACAGCAUCUAGUAACAUCAGAUCUGCAGCUGUUCAGAGCACCACACCCGCUGUACAUCUAAUGCUACUGUCUAUAAAACAUGUUCUUCUUYAAACGUCUCAUCAGCCUUCUCUAAGGUGACUGAUUGUAUCUACAGAAAAGAUUUGUAAAUACCUUUUAAAUCAGCGAGAAUAUUCACAGCGUGGAGAGCAGAUGGACUGGAGGAACAGCUGUGAAAGCUGCCAGGCGGGCAGGUGAGGGUGCUGCAGGGGAUGCUGAGCCCCUGCACGCAGCUCUGCAAGAGCCACUUUAUUCUCUGCACCUCCUGCAGCUUCCCUGACGAGUCAGGACGCAGAGCACUUUCUGGACACACUGUGGAGAGAAAUACCUGCCUGUCUGRCAGCAGCUGGUGAUCAGCACUCGGAGCUGGAGCGACACUUGUGUUUUACGUGGAGUCGGUGGUUUGAAAAACGUCCUUUUUUUGUGUGUGUGUGUGUGUUCUGCCAUUUGGCACUGAUUCAUCUGUAAAAUCAAASGUGUCAGUGGCAAACAGUGAAUGCCAGCAAACACAGAGUAUGUAUUUUUAUCUGAGCUAGCAAUUAUCACUUGCAUAUGUUUGAGAAAAUGUGGUGUUUGUAAAUGUUUGCAGAGCCCCUGCUUUUGUGACGUACGGGGUAGGUAGAUGUCAUUUCUACAGUAGUUGGUAUUUGUUGUAUUUUCCUCAUCAAGAGUGGCCUGUCGUAGCUGCAUGGGAAGCGAGCUCAAAUGCUCUGAAGGGUAUCAUAGUACAAAAAACACAGGUGUUAGCACUGCUGAAAACAAAAAUUGGCUGGAAAAGUGUCCUUACUUUUCCAAUGAUACUCAGCCAGUUGAAGAAAUAGGGCUAUAUCACCGUAUACCUCCCUUAAAUCCUCUCAGGGAGWCAGAAGUUUAAAGUAGAUUGUGACUUAGGCCUGUUUGAUCUGACAUAACUCACACAGUUGUGAUGCUUCUUAGCGCUGGCGAUGGAAAAUGGAGCUGCCUGGCUUGUGGUUUUUGUCUUUAUUUGCACUUUAAUGACGUUGCUGGCCCGGCCCAGAGCUGCACAAUGAGUUCCGUUCUGUUCGUGGUGUCUCAGUGUGCCCGCUCUGUCUGAGCAUUUGCAAAUGUACCUUAGAACUGUAAAUUUCAUUAAGGACCAUCUCCCUGUAAAUAACUGCAUGGGGAAGAGUCACAGAUACUCAAAAUUCCUCUGUUAGAGAAGCAGACAGCAGGAGAGAAGGAAAUGCUAGGAACACUUUAAAUAGCUCUGGCUAAUGAUUGCUGUAGAAAUCUUACUUAUAGAAGCUUUUUGUUGUAAAAAAAUGUGUUUGUUUCUUUUGACUAAUGAUUGACAAGGAGCUGAUUGCAUCCCAAUGCAUGAUACGAGGAGAAAAAAAAAAAAAAAAAAAGCAUAGUUUAUUUGGACCACAACACCAACUGUGUAUUUUCUGUACAAAAGCAGCUGCCGCUCAGUAGUUUCAUAAAAGACUUUGAAGUAACGGAGCAGCGGGGAAAAUGUGGUCCAAAAAGUGACUUUUAAGUGGUUUUUAUUGUUUCCUUGUUGACGAGGUGUACCAGCUGUCUGUUGUACGCUGUGAAGUGCUGCUGUUCCCGUACCCCGCUGUACCAAAUCCGCCCUCUCUCUUUUCGGGGUCACAGGGUCUCGCUGUUUGCUCGUGCUGCUGUCGCGGUGUCGCAGUGUCGCUGUUCCUGCCCGGGGACACUCAGCCCCUCGGGAAAGCACAUCCUGCUCCUGUGCCAAAGUGCCGCUUGAGAAUCACCAGAGUUGGAUUCUUGCUUUUGCUUGUAGCGACAGCAGCAGCAGAAAUGAACCGAUUGCGGUGGCCGGACUGUCUGAGUGCUGACAGCCAGCGUUGAUGCUUUUGCUUGGGGAUACAAUGCUUUUGUCAAAGCACAGAGGAAGAGGAGAGGGUGCACCUUGUCACCCGCAGCCCCGGGCGGGGCUGAGGCUCCAGGAGCACAUCUGGAGCAGCUGUUCCGCAGCACGGCCGGUGCUGCUCUGUGCCCCGGGCUCCACCUGCGAGCGGCCCGAGUGCCUCUGCCGCAGCCCCGCGGUGUGUCCGGGCUGCGGCCACGGUCAGCAGGCCAUGGUCAGCAGGCACUUGGUCCGUGCGAGGCUCGGCCAGCGUGUCCAGCCGAGCCCGCACCCACAGAGAUCUCACCCAUCCCGCUGUUUGCCUCUGGGCUCUCCCGGCGAUGUCUUUUUAGGAUGCGGGAGCAUCCCAGACUCUGUUCGCUGCCGAGGGAGGAUUCCCCGGAGCCAGAAGGGCCGAAGCGCCUGUCCCGUUGCCUUGUGAGCCCCGUCCCUCCCGGGCAGGGCCGGGCCGCUGGCGGCGAUGGGGAUAAAGCGUUUUUUUAUCGCCCGCCAGCCCCGGCGGAGCCCCGAGCCCGGCAGGACACGGACAGCGCUCCACACUCGCUCACACAGGGUUAGAGUUGCCUUCACCCCAGCCUUCACCCCGCGCUGUGUCCGUGACCGAGCCCGUGAGUUUCUCAUCGCUGCAAACCUCUCUGCAAACCAAACCCGUGCGAUUCGCCGUGGCAAAUUCCUGUGUGUUUGUUCUGUCCCUCCCCUCCGGCCGGUCCUGUCGCACACAGACACGUAGCGUCGUGGUGAGAGGUGACAACUGCCACCGAUCACCCUGAUUUUAGAGUAAGGRGGAGGUCCCUGUUCUCUUUCUGCUUUCCUAGUUUUUAACACUGAUUAUUGCUCUGUAGGAUAAAAACGAACUUAAUAUUUUAAUUAUUUAUUAACUUAAACUGUGUUGAUUUUCAUUUCAGGACAUGUUAAUUAUCCCAAUUUUUCCUUCAUGUUUCUUAUUUAUUUUAAGGGUUUUACAAAGACAUUGUUUUAUUUGUAUCAAUAUUCAGUUUCUCCUCCCUUCUCUCUUAGCAACAACAUUAAAUCUUGAUGAUUUGACAUUCUCACCCACAGAGACAUUUUUACUCACUGAUAAUUUUACUCAUCCAGGGCAAAACCCUUCAGACCUCAUUCUGAUGAUACCUUAGGCUUCACCGAGAGCUUUUCAUAYGUCUUUGGGGAUCUGGCUCUCAGCUAUUUGCCUGUUACAGUUUUUGCCUCCAAAGGUCAAAUGUCUCUGUCUAGGAAGCUUUUUGUCCAAAAUGCUGCUCAAUGAUGGUUGUUCUGUUGUACCUUUAUUCCUGAAGUAGUCUGGAGUUCUGUUGCCUAGGACAGUAGACGUGUGUUCAUUUGGCAGAUGUACCUAUAUCUAACGUGUUACUUAGUGCACAAUCCGGAUGUUUUUGCAUGUAUUGCAACUUCUCUUUUGACCUGAGGUAUUGCUUUGUAUUGUUAGUAAGGCAUUCCAGGCGAGCUGUUGUGCCUGUGUGCUAAUAAACAUUCUUUUCUUU